AAUGACGCAACCGUUAUACCACUGGCCCUCCACUGGGAAACUGGCGUGGAUUUGCGCUAGCAUUACUUGAUAGAUUCAUUGUAUUUAGUUAUUUACUUGUGUCUACCAUACCCGAUCUGGCGCAGUAGUUUCCGGACAAGCUUUAACAGAACUGAGGAAGGCGGUAACAGCGACCAACGAGGAUGUUUAAAAAAUUUGAUGAGAAGGAGAAUGUGUCCAACUGUAUCCAGCUGAAGACUUCAGUGAUCAAAGGCAUCAAAAAUCAGCUGUUGGAACAGUUUCCAGACAUUGAGUCAUGGCUUAAUCACAUAAUGCCAAAAAAGGACCCUGUCAAAAUAGUGAGAUGCCAUGAACACAUUGAAAUCCUGACAGUGAAUGGAGAACUGCUCUUCUUCAGACAGAGAGAAGGACCGUUCUACCCAACCCUCAGACUGUUGCAUAAAUAUCCUUUCAUUCUUCCACACCAGCAAGUAGACAAAGGAGCCAUUAAAUUUGUCUUAAGUGGAGCCAACAUCAUGUGCCCCGGGCUGACGUCACCAGGCGCUAAACUCUACCCAGCUGGAGCUGACACAGUAGUUGCCAUAAUGGCAGAGGGAAAACAACAUGCACUUUGUGUUGGUGUUAUGAAGAUGUCUGCAGAAAGCAUAGAAAAAGUCAACAAGGGAAUUGGAAUUGAGAACGUUCACUAUCUGAAUGACGGACUGUGGCACAUGAAGACGUAUAAAUGACGACAUCAACACCUGCAACACCCGCCCCCCCUCGCCACGCCACGCCACGCCACGCCACUACCCCCCGGAAAGUGUGGAGCUCUUGACAGCGAGGCAUGAGCUGCCAGUCAACUGUUUACACCUACGGACUUAGCUGUGUAACCUGCUGGAGGCUUUGAAACCAAUCGCGAUUAUGCACAAAUAAAAGAAAGAUCUUGCUUUAAACCUUAA